AUGAGUCACCUACUUUGGAAAUAUUACUGGGAAAACGAUGUCGACAGGUUUCGGCGUCUACUGGCUCCGGCCGGCCACUCGACACAAGCCGUCACCAGAAGCCCCGGUAUAGGUCCUGGGCCUUCAGGGGGGAGUCCCGGAGGAUACGGGACGUCUCCCCGGAAUGUCAAACCCCGGAAGUCUUCCGCCGUCGGCAUCAACCCCGGCGCAUCCAAGAACUCGAACACGACACUCGGGAAGCCUGAAAUCAACAGUCGCGAUCAUGCCGGCCUGACCGUUCUCCUCCGCGCGGCUUCAUCGACCAACCUCGACGCCAUCUUCUUCGUCCAAGCCCUUCUCGAACACCCCUCGAUCGAUCUGUAUGUGCAAGACCCGGAAAGUGGAUGGAAUGCUUUGCACAGAGCUUUAUACGCCGGAAAUGUUGCUAUCGCGCGUCUGCUCCUCGAAAGAGAGCGCAAGAUCUUGACCGAACAGACCCUGGGGACGUCCGUCUCCAAGGUUGGCCAGCUCAUCAAGACAAAGGACCGUGAGGGAAACAGUCCUUUCGACCUCUACAACUCGACCAUUGCCGUGCGAACCAUCGGCGACUCGGAUGAUUCGGACGACUCGGACCUCGACUCAGAUGUCGACGGCAGCUCGGAUGGAGGCCAGGCGCUGAUGAGAUCCGUUGCUGCGCUCGACGGCGUCCAAGACGGAGAGGAACUGUUCAUGUUUGGAAGUAACCGGAAUCUUUCUUUGGGUGUGGGCGAUGAAGACGAUCGCCAAUUCCCAGAAAGGAUCACUCUGAAGCGUCCGGAACAGCUUGUGCGGAGGUUCUAUCAGGAGUAUCUCGAGAAGACCCAAGGCGAACAUGGUUUAAAUGCUACCGCCGUUGACGAAAUGGACAUGGAAGAUAUCCCGGCACUGAUCAGAAACCGCCCUCUACGGAUUCACGAUGCGGUUCUCUCCAAGCUUCACACGGCAAUCCUGACUACGGACCCUGUUUCAAACUUGUACAUCUGUGGCGUUGGACGCGGUGGACGCCUCGGCCUAGGCGAUGAAAACACCCAGUUUCGCUUUGUGCCUGUGCAAGGGGGCCUCGCCGACAAAAAAGUAGUCCAAGUGGCACUCGGUCAGAACCACAGCAUGGCUGUCACUGAUGCAGGCGAGCUAUGGACGUGGGGUUCCAAUAACAACUCUCAGCUAGGAUACAACCUGCCGCCGCCGGCCAGGCAAGACGAAGAGCCGAUGAGCACCACUCCACGACAAGUGUUCGGGACACUCAAGAAAGAAGUCAUCAUCGGUGUGGCCGCAUCGACGUUUCACUCGGUGGCACACACAUCCACGUCCUUGUUCUGCUGGGGUAAGAACCUUGGUCAGCUAGCUCUCAUGGAUGCCGACGCGAGAUCAUUGGAAGUCCAACAAACGCCCCGAAAAGUGGCUGCAUCUCUCUUCUCGUCACCCAUCGUUGCAGUAUCGGCCAUUGAUAAGGCAACGACGUGCUUGCUUGCCGACAGCAAUGUCUGCGUCUUCACCAGCUACGGCUACAACUUUGUCAAAUUUCCCUCACCGGACGUGUUCGUAAACCACCAAUUCACCACCUCCAUGUCAAGCCGGUACAGUUCCGCAAGGAACCAGGUCAGCCGCAUCACCUCGGGAGGUGAGACCAUUGCCGCCGUCACUAGUAGGGGCGAUCUCUUUACUACGACAUUGAUUCAUAAGACCGAUUCGGCCCCUGCAGCGACAUCGACUACAAAUCCCUCAAAGAUCAAAGGUGCCGUCACAACACCUCAAUGCGUCUGGAACGCCCGCAAGGAUGGAGUGAAGUCCGUCAGCAUCGGCGAACAUGGAGCUGUCAUUAUUUGCACAGAAUCCGGCGCGGUCUGGAGACGUAUCAAACGUACGACGGCUAAGGACGCCUCAACCCCGGGUUCAACCGAGAGGAAGCGCAAGGACUUUAAGUUCCAGCGAGUACCAAGUGUCACGAACGCUAUCGCAGUCAGAAGCUCUGCAUUCGGAGCGUUCGCAGCAAUACGCAAGGACUGCGAUGUGAUGAAAGAGCAGGUCAACAUCAAAGAGCAGUCGUUGUGGGAAGACAUGGCAUCGCUACUUGUCCUCAGAGACUUCGAGGCUUCGACUCCAAGUAGCAAAGAGAAGGACACACUGGGUUUUUGGAAAGCAGAGGAUCUGAAGUACCGGAUCGGACCGUUGCCCUACGAGAUCCUGAAGUCGGCGAAUCUGGAGCAUGACCUCGAGCAGUAUCUGUUGAUGGCUGCGGAAUCCGACUUCGACAUGGCGCUGCGCACUGCAUCGGCUCCUAGCGUGAAGAUACCGGUACAUGCUUGGCUCCUCACAGCGCGAAGCUCUGUUCUUCGCAAAGUCCUCAGUGACUAUCGCAGCAGCGGUGAGGGUCAGGUUGCGCAGACUCUCAAAGUCGAAGAAGAAGAUGGGAAGACUCUGGUCACCUUCGAAUCCAUCGACCUGCUGUCGUUGCUCAACCUAGUGGUUUACUGUUACGACGACACUGUCAUCCCAGCGUGGAACCAUACUCGUCAAGCGCCAUCCCUCGCACACAAGUACCGCCAAGUUCGCAACGAACUGAUGAAGCUUGCGACAAAGCUCGACAUGAUGAAGCUCGAAGCGGCGGCUCGUCUUCAGACUACUGCUGAGAAGUCUCUAGACAAGGAUUUUGCCAAGGCCAUCCGAGACCCGAGAUACUUUGAGGACGCUGAUGCGUUGGUUGAGCUGGACGGCGAGGAAGUGCCGAUUCACAGUCAGCUUAUGCGUCAGCGAUGCGAGUUCUUCGAAGGCCUCUUCCAUGGACGAGCUCGAGGUAUGUGGCUGGCAGGUCGCCGCGAUGAGUUGACCGACGAGGAGCUUGUGCGUGUCGACCUCGGCCACUGUGACCCAGAAGCUUUCCAAUACGUUCUGCGGUACUUGUAUUCCGAUGUGGGCUCUGAGCUCUUCAACAACACAUCCGCAGCCAACAUUGACGAGUUUUCCGAGCUCGUCAUGGCUGUCAUGAGCACCGCGAACGAGCUCAUGCUCGACAGGCUAUCGCAGAUUUGCCAGUACACCAUCGCCCGUUUUGUUACAACCCGCAACAUCGCUCUUCUUCUCAACGAAAUUAGCCCCUGCACUGUUACGGAAUUCAAGGAUGCUGGUCUGGAGUACAUUUGCUUACAGAUGGAGUCCAUGCUUGAAAACCACCUGCUGGACGACCUUGAAGAAGAUCUGCUUGAGGAGUUGGACAGCAUCGUUCGCGAAAACCAACUCGCGCGUUACCCCUUCGCAAGAAGUGGUCGAGCAGAACUGCUCUUGUUCGAGAAGGAUCCAGAUCUGGCCCUCGACAUUGACGAGGAACGUCGACGAAGAGUAAGAGAGAUGGCAUUCAAAUCAACACAUAGGGACGAUGAGAGGAAAAUGUCGUCCUCCUUCAAGACGAAAUUUGGAAGCUUGGAUGACGGCAUGGGGUUCACCUCCCCAAGCCUGGAUAAGAGCCGACGCAAGUCCAAGGCUGGCCGCAACGAGCCCUUCAGCCCCAGCUUGAGACCGAAGGAGUCUCACGCAGACCUCAUCUUUGAUAUGGAUGAAGAGAACCCGUCCAUAACGAGUCCUCCAAUGUCACCUUCACAGAGGGCUGCUGAGAAGAAGGCCGGCUCCGAGCUUGAAAGACUCCCGGCUUUACCUGGCCCUUGGAAAGACGUGAAGGGCCAGUUUGUUGAAGGAUCCCCGAGGUUUCAAGUUGCAAGCCCGCCAGCAGACAAACCAGCACAGUCAGGUAUCAGCCCGUCGCGGUCACCGCAAGACAUGAGCGGACUCAGCGCUCCGAAGGUCGGCAACCCAUGGGGCGCGGCAGGCUUCCCGACCGAGAAGAUGGACUUGCGACAGGUUCUGACAGAGGCACCCGCCAAGUCUGCCCUGUCCGCCGGUAUUGCCGCUCAAAAGAACAAGGAGGCGUCUCCCAAGCCAGCACAACCCAAGAUGUCGCAAAAGGAACGCAAGAAGCAGCAACAAGCUCAAGCCGCAGCCCAGGCAGCAUUGGAAGCCGAGCCUCAGCAGCCCAAGGCGGCAUGGGACAAGGAGUCGGCCGCAAACAAAGCAGCGCCAUGGAAGGCCGUCCCCAGCGGUCCCAAGACGUCUCUCAAGGACACCAUGGCAAAGGACGCGCCGAAGCCUAUAUCGCCAGCCAAGUCAGCGCUCCUCGGCGUGGAAUCCCCGGGCAAGGCAAGCCCCAGACGGGCAGCGUCGCCCGACACGCGUUUCCCGGGCCAGUCUCGCAACAACAGCUCGCCCGCGACCCCGACCCCCGCCGCCGCCGCGGCCUCGUCCAGCCAAGCACCCGCGAAGCCGCUCGUCCCGCACUCGAAAUCCUACAUCACCCCGGCAUCCAAGGCCGAGCCCAUUCUGGGGCUAAGCAUGGCGGACAUCAUCGGACAGCAGAAGCGUGAGCAGGAAAUCGUGCGCGAGGCCGUCGCGAAGAGGUCGAUGCAGGAGAUCCAGCAGGAGCAGGAAUUCCAGGAGUGGUGGGACCAGGAGACCAGACGUGUGCAGGAAGAGGGCGCGAGGAGGGAGGCCAAGGAGAAGGCCAAGGGUGAGCGGAACUCCAAGGAUGCCAAGCGGGGAAGACGCGGCAGGGGCGGAGGAGGCAAGGGGAAGGGAGCCGGCCCGCCGCCGCCAGCGGACGGCGGCCCCGGCAACGUUGAGGCGGGUGCUACGCCGAAGGCCCCGAGCGGACCGUCGAGUAACGCUCGAGGACGGAGCCACCGAGGCCGGGGAAGGGGAGGCAAAGCAUCGGCACCGGCAACGGCACCGGCAUCAUGA